AUGGAGAACCUGACCAUCCACGAUCCGCCCCAGCCUGGCGGUCCUCAGUCCGGAGGGCCAAUGGGUACUGCUUCGGGGCGAGCUCCCGCAGCGCCUCAGUCCCAGCAGCUUCCUCCCCAGAUGUUCACCACGGCUGCGCAACUGCUCGACCUCACUGAUAAGAAGCUCCUGCUGUGUCUACGAGACGGUAGAAAGCUGACUGGGAUUUUACGAAGCUGGGACCAGUUUGCGAACCUGGUCCUUCAGUCCACAGUCGAACGCAUAUACGCCACUACAUCCGACCCGAAAGACCCCGAGCCCAAGGGAAUAUAUGCCGACAAGCUCCACGGCAUCUUCUUAGUGAGAGGCGAGAACGUCCUGCUGCUCGGAGAGAUCGACCUGGACAAGGACGAUGAUCUGCCGAAGAACUUUGAGAAGGCCGAGUACAGCGUGGUGGAGAAGCUCGCGAAGGAACAAAAGGCAGCCGACAAGGUGAAGGAGAAGAACAAGCUGCGCAAACUCGCGACUCUCGGAUUCGAAGGCGAGAACCUGGGCGACAUCCUGCUCUGA